AAAAAGAGCUGCUUCAUCAGAUUGUGAUUAAGACAAGUUCACUGCUGAGAAGACGUCUAUCUCUUCUCUUCACUCUUCGUCAAACUUCACAGUUUGCCCGGAAACUGAUGAGUCUUUGAAGAGGCAAAUUAGUCAGGCAUGAGAGCUGAGCGUGUAAACAGGACGGCAGCAGAAUGGCAGAGAUGAGUGGGCGAGGAAAGGAACACAAGAAACUGUAAGCAGGUAAGGAAACAGUGACACGGAGGAUGGGUAGAGAGAGAGAGAGAGAGACGAGAGAGAGAUAGAGGAGUCACACCUUGAGGAAGUUAACAGAAAAACAGAAGAAGAACAAAGGACAUCAUCAUAUUUAAGAAUGGGGCUUGUGCAAUACUUUGUGAUUGUCCUGAUUUCUUCGGCACAGCUGGUGUUCACCUCUCCGCUGAUGAACACUCUCAAGGGAAGCAAGCCUAACUUUUGCCCUCCAGGUGAGUAUCAGAAGUCUGACACCGAGUGUCAGCCAUGUCCUGACGGAAGCUUCAAGGAUGACUGGAACCUAGACGACAGCUGCGACCUCUGCUACAGAGACUGCAGACCAGAUUAUCACCUGAAGGUGGUUCAGCCCUGCACCAACACGUCCGACAUAAAGUGCGUCUGCGAGGCCGGUUUCCAAUGCACCGAGAUGACCUCGUACACCAAGCACUGUGCAAAGUGUGUCAAGAUACAGCAAACGACCACAGCCAGCAUAAAGCCCCUCUCCACCAUGUUAGAAGAGGGGACGUCCACAACAGACGUGACCUCGGGAAACGAUGAGCAGACUGGUUCCUUCAACUCCUCAGGACGUAGCAGCUCCCAUGCCAAACCGUGUCAGUCUCCCGAAUGUGACCCUCAACCAGUCCCACCAACACCCGUUGCAGACGUGAAGGGCAGUCCGCUGGCAGCCAUCUUGAUUCCAGUGGUUGUUGUGGGAUGUGUGGCUCUCGUGGUCCUGUUCUGCGUCCGUCAACCAGGAGAUGAAACAUGUUUCAAGCGAGCUAUUGCAAAGCUAUGUACUGAGGGAAGACGGGCUUCUGCUUCUUUCAAGUCAAAGGAGUCAAGUCACCAGUUCCCCAGAGACUCAUUCAUAGCAAAGCAGCAGCCACCUCCCCUCGCAGCAGCCAAUCUGGGUCCAGUCCAUGUCCACAACCCGGGGACGGUCAUCUUCAGCUUGAUCAGCCAGUUUACAGGACAAGUCGGUUCGACAACUGAAGGUGCGAAGGUGGCUGAAAGAGUGGCCGCCGAAGAAGACGAGGAAAGAGACAGUCCUGUGUGUCACCCCACGUCCUCUCCCAGUGUUCAUCUGUCCGAGGAGGAGGGGAGAGGGGAGAUGGAAAACAUGUUCUUCCCCUCGCAGGAGCAGGGGAAGGACUACCACAUGUCCAAAGAGGAGGAGGAGCUAUGAUGCAUCGCAGCAUUCCCAGAGGAUUUGUGUUGAUUGUUAUGACCAUGACUCCAAACACAGGAAGGAAUUAUAUAACUGUGGAACUAAAGAUAGGUGUGGAGCACAUUUUAUUGUCCUCUGACAAACUGUCAGGGGAGGACAGUGCUCUACGGGGACACUGUGUCCUGCAGGCUCUGGGAAAAAAGACAUACACACCAGAAACUGACAACCAGCUGGAAAGUGCUUCUGAACACUUUUUGACAAACUCUGUCCUCCCUCCCUAUCAGACCUGGAUUUUUUUUAAGUCUUUUACAAUUGAUAGACAUUUUAAUUUCAAUAAAAGUUUAUUUUGUGUA